AUCGGGAGCGCCUUUUGUCUCGCCUCGAGGGCAACCCCGCCUCGCGUUCGCAAAUAAUACACGCUCAUCCUCCAUUCACGAGAACAAUCAUGCCUGCAUACCGCACUCGCGAAACCUCCUUCCGCACCCUCGAAGUCGCGACGGACGCGCCCCUCCCCCCGACAGUCGCCAUCAUUUCCCCCACGCCGCGCGCAUUCACCUUCCCUAUCAACGCCAUCCCCGACGCUCGCUUCGUCUCCCCAUCCAGUUCGCCCUUCGAGCCCGACCUCAAGUUCGCAUGCACCCCGCCACCCGCACGCGCCCUCUCCCCUACCUCCUCCAUCGGCUCCACUGACGCCUCAUCGAUCUUCUCCACUCCUUCCGCGCGCUCCUCGCAGGCCUCGCACAAGCGGCGUAGAUCGACCGCUAGCGAUAUCGGGGAACGCCGCCCCAAGAAGGGCGACGACGACUACAUCAAGCGUCCCGAGAACGCGUUCAUCCUCUUCCGCCGCAAGUGCUGCGAGGACCGCCAGGCGCAGGACGAGACCGACGACGGGUCGGCAGGCCCCGUCAAGAAGCAGCGCCAGGCGGACCUCUCCAAGACCAUCAGCCAGCAAUGGAAGAGCCUCGCCGCAGAGGAACGGCACUAUUGGGAGGAGCUUGCGAAAGAGAAGAAGAAAGAGCAUGAGGCGAUGUACCCCAACUACGUCUACCGCCCGCAGCGCCUGAAGGACAAGUCGAAGGCGAGGAAGGGCAAGGGGAGAAAGGAGGGCGAGCAAGAGACCGACGCUGAGAGUGGCAUCUCGUUCGUGAUUCCCGUUCCCUCUCCUCCGCGCAGCCUCAGCCGCGACAGCUUGCCUCUCGACGCCUCCGCGCGCGGUCGCCGUGCGGUGUCAGCACCGACGCCGCCACCGCAGUAUCAGACGAUCCAGCUCCCGUCUGUGUACAUGCCCUCAUGUCCGACAUCACCGUCGCUCAAUCCUUCGCUCAUGCCAAGGAUUAGCAGGCGGUCUCCACACAUUCCCCCACCAGGCAACGAUUCCCUGACGCAUUUUGAGUACUUACCGAACGACUCCCUCUUCCCGCCCUACCAGCAUCAGCACUCCGCAUUCGAACACAGCCCACAGGCCGAUCAGCUGUUUCAGAUGUUCCAACUUGAACAAUCCACUCUGUCAGGACAGAGCGGCGCUCCUCUUCUGCAUCCACUGAGCAUCCCUAGAGAUUCGUCAUCCAUGCCUUCAAGCCUUGUGUCGCCGGCCGAGUCCAUCGCAUCGAACCACUUCCUCUCGCCCGUAUCGCCCGCGUCGACCCAGGGCGGGCCAUACACGCCCGCAGAGUCGCUCUCCAUGAUGUCGCUCUCCCUCGCCAACAACACGUCAUGUGGCCAGCCCAUGGAUGCCAUGUCUGACCACUCGAGCGGCCCGCUCGCGUUCUCGAUGUGGCCGCAGGAGAGUCUCUGGCCGGACGACGCGAUGAUCCCGGACGACUUCGACCUGAACUCGAUCCCGCCAAUCGAGCUGGGGAUCUCGCAGUUCGACGGCGAGAUGCACCAGCUCGCGGCGCUCCCCGAGCUUUCUGAAGGCAUGGACAUCCCCGGCUUCGAGUUCGACGACGCGUUUGCGCUGGGUCAGGGCCAGGGCCAAGAGCACGACCUGCACGACGCCGACCCCGGACACGACCCAUUCGACAUGUUCGGCGGCUACGACCACACCACCGGCGGCAACAUAGCCUGGUGAUGACGCUGUCAACGUGCGCGGGCGUGCGUUGACGACCCUGUGGACACUGUAUCAAAACCCCCGGCUCCUGAGUUCUAUCUAUCAUCUAUCCUUGGAAUUCCGCUGUUGUACGCACCUUCCGUCGCUGAUGAACGCUUAUCCGUGUAUUCCUGCUGUACUGAUAUUCGCGCUGGUGUCCGAUGUUGACGUCGGCGCCGUGUACUCAUCACCCCACCCUACCAUCCGAGCAUUUGUGUUACUUACUGACAACCCUCAUUGGCACACAUCCCACCAUCCUGCAUCUCCAUCCGCGCGUCAGAUACCCCCCUCCCUCUUCUAUCCUCUCACUUAUGACAUUAUUUGACGUAACGACUUCAGCUGGUGUCCUGGUGCCCAGUCCAACACGAAUACAAGGAUUUUAUAGAGUUUGUGAGGCA